ACACAUCCCACAUCCAACAUCCCAUCAUAAUUUUGAUAAAUGAAGACUCGCCAACGUGUCAACAGAUCUAGCACCGCCAACUUCUCACAUGGCAUCAUGGGUUAUUAUUAUUAUACACACUUACUAAAACCAACUUCAAUACGACGCCAUGUAUCCGCGUUUUUGAUAAUAAUUCUCACUUUUUCCUUAUUUAAAUAAAUCAUUCACUUUCCUCCUCUUACAUUUCCUCACUCAACUCUCUCAUUCUCACUAACAGAGAGAAAAAAAGCAAAAAUGGCUCGAUCUUUCGCUAUCGCUGUGAUCUGUAUCGUUCUCGUCGCCGGCGUUACUGGUCAAGCUCCGACUUCACCACCAACCGCUACACCAGCUCCACCAACUCCAACAACUCCUCCACCAGCAGCUACUCCUCCUCCAGUCUCAGCACCACCACCAGUCACAACCUCUCCUCCUCCAGUCACUACCGCUCCUCCAGCAAAUCCACCACCACCAGUAUCAUCUCCUCCUCCUGCUUCUCCUCCACCAGCUACUCCUCCUCCAGUCGCUUCUCCUCCUCCUCCCGUCGCUUCUCCUCCUCCCGUCGCUACUCCUCCACCAGCUCCUCUAGCUUCACCUCCAGCUCAAGUUCCGGCUCCAGCACCGACCAAGAAGCCAGAUUCUCCAUCUCCAUCGCCGUCUUCUAGCCCACCUAUUCCAUCCAGCGACGCUCCUGGACCUAGCACCGAUUCUAUCUCUCCUGCUCCUAGCCCCACCGAUGUGAACGACCAGAAUGGAGCUAGCAAGACGGUUUCGAGCUUAGUACUUGGAUCUGUUCUCGUCUGGUUUAUGAUCUAAGUGUCGUCUUUUGUACUGGUGUUACUUGCAUUUAUUAUUAUGUCGUCUUUGUUUGUUCCAUUGUAUUGCUUGGGACUGAAUUCUUUUGGGAUUUAUUAUCUUUUGGAGAGGAUACUAUUGAGAGCUUGAGAUGGAGAUAGCAGGAUAUUUUGUUUGCAGAUACUUUUGUGGCUUCCUUUCUCAUUCCAUUUGAUUAUUAGUGUAAUGUACUACAUUCCUUUUCUCCAUGCCUUAUCUC